GUGUGUGCGCAGGUGUGUGUGUAUGUGUCACUGCCCUUUGCUCAGGUAGAGUGUCAGUGAAAAUAAAACUCAGCAGCUCCAUUUUGUGUUGGGGGAAAAUAAACCAUUUCAGGAGUAAAAACACAGUGAGUCUCUAAAUCUAAAGCUAUAAUAUAUAAACACACUGAAGUGACACUAGAUGCAGAAGAGUUUUGUGGGUUUGUACUGAAGGUUUAAUGUACACAGGUUGUUUUAGGGCUUGAUACCGUGACUAUUUCCUGUAAGUGAACUCUGUGCUGAUACAGGGUUUGAUUUAACACACCGAUGUUGGAGUGAAGUAAACGUGUGUCCUGCUGUAAUCUGGAGAAGGAGACAUGACCUCCAACAUGAGUGUGUCUGGAAAACAGGACUUAAAGAAAGACGAGAGAAUGAUGGAGAGAAAGAGAUCAGACUCACCAGAACCCAGCUGUGUGUCCAUGAAGAGUGACCAGUCAAUGGAUCCUCCAAUUAAGUUCAGAGACAGAGACAGUUCUACUGAUGUGAGAAUGAUGGAGGGAAAGAGAUCAGACUCACCAGAACCCAGCUGUGUGUCCAUGAAGAGUGACGCGUCAAUGGGAGAUCCAAUUGCCUUCAGAGACAGAGACAGUUCUACUGAUGUGAGAGCGCAAAAGAAGAAAUCAAACAUCAGCAGAAAUUGGUUGGAGUCCAUAUUCAUGGAGCUGGAACACAAAGUCAUCACUCUGAUAAAGAAUGAGCUAAAGAGGUUUAGCAAGCUCCUGAGUCCAGAUUACCCAGCAUGCACUGAGAGGGAGAUGGAGGAUGAGGAGGAUCUGCACAGUGUCAGAGAGGGAGCGCUGAAGAUCACACUGCACGUCCUGAAGAACAUGAACCACACAGAUCUCGCUAACACACUGCACAACAAGUCUGUGGCCUCUGUGUAUCAGUCAAAGUUGAAAUCCGACCUGAGAGAGAAGUCUAAAAGAAUUAAUGAAGGAAUCUCACAGCAUGGAAGCUCAGCGCUUCUGAAUGAGAUCUACACAGAGCUCUACAUCACAGAAGGUUGGAGUGGAGACGUCAAUAAUGAACAUGAGGUGAGACAGAUUGAGACAGCGUCCAGGAGACCAGAAACACAGGAGACACCCAUCAAAUGUAAUGACCUCUUUAAAGACAAGUCCAUCAGAAGUGUGCUGACUAAAGGAGUUGCUGGAAUUGGAAAAACAGUCUCUGUGCAGAAGUUCAUUCUGGACUGGGCUGAAGGAAAAGCAAAUCAGGACGUCACCUUCAUGUUUCCACUUCCCUUUAGAGAGCUGAAUUUGAUGAAGCAGCAAAAUCUCAGUCUGAUGAAGCUUCUUCAUCACUUUUUCCCAGAAAUGAAAAAACUAGAAUUAAUAGACUGCGACUCCUACAAAGUGGUGUUGAUCUUUGAUGGUCUGGAUGAGUGUCAACUUUCUCUAAAUUUCCAGAACAAUGAGAGAUUGUGUGAUGUGACCGAGCCAGCCUCAGUGGAUGUGCUGCUGACAAACCUCAUCAAGGGGAAUCUGCUUCCCUCUGCUCUCCUCUGGAUAACUUCUCGACCAGGAGCAGCCAAUCAGAUCCCUCCUGAGUGCGUAGACCAGGUAACAGAGAUACGAGGCUUCAGUGAUCCUCAGAAAGAGGAGUACUUCAGGAAGAGGAUCAGUGAUCAGAGCCUGGCCAAUAAAAUCAUCACACACAUGAAGUCUUCAAAAAGCCUCUACAUCAUGUGCCACAUCCCAGUCUUCUGCUGGAUUUCAGCCACUGUUCUAGAGAGAAUGUUGGUUGAAGCAGAGAGUGGAGAGAUCCCCAAGACUCUGACUCAAAUGUUCACACACUUCCUGAUCUUUCAGAUCAAACACAAGGACCAAAAGUACCAUCACAAAUGUGACCCUGAUCCUCAGCAGAUCAGAGAGAGUAUCCUGGCACUGGGAAAACUGGCUUUCCAACAGCUGGAGAAAGGAAACCUGAUCUUCUAUGAGGAAGACCUGAGAGAGUGUGGCAUUGAUGUCAGAGAAGUGUCAGUGUACUCAGGAGUGUGCACCCAAAUCUUCAGAGAGGAGUUUGGGCUUCACCUGGGGAAGGUGUUCAGCUUUGUGCAUCUGAGUGUUCAGGAGUUUCUGGCUGCUUUAUAUGUAUUUUUGUCUUUCAUCUUUAAAAAGAAAAAUGUGUUAAUGGAGCAAAGCCCUAGCAUUCUGCAUCUCUACAAAAAGUCAAACAUGUCUGUUUUCCUCAGGAGUGCAGUGAACAAGGCCUUACAGAGUGAGAAUGGACACCUGGACCUGUUCCUCCGCUUUCUUUUGGGUCUCUCACUGGAGUCCAAUCAGACUCUCUUACAAGGCUUAAUCCCACAGACAGGAAGCAGCUCUCACAGCAAACAGGAAACAGUCAAGUAUAUCAAGAAGAAGAUCAGGGAGAAUCCAUCUCCAGAGAAAUCCAUCAAUCUGUUCCACUGUCUGAAUGAACUGAAUGAUCAUUCUCUAGUGCAGGAAGUACAAACUUACCUGAACAGAGGAGAUUACAGACGUCUCAGUGGAACCAGCUUCUCUCCUGCUCAGUGGUCAGCUCUGGUGUUUGUGUUACUGAACUCAGAACAGGAGCUGGAUGAGUUUAUUUUGAGGAAAUAUGAGCCAUCAGAGGAAUGUCUUCUGAGGCUGCUGCCAGUGGUCAAAGCCUCCAGAAAAGCUGUGCUGCGUGAGUGUAAUCUGACAGAGGAAAGCUGUAGAGUUCUGUCCUCAGUUCUCAGCUCAAACUCCUCCAGUCUGAGAGAACUGGACCUGAGUAUCAAUAAACUGCAGGAUUCAGGAGUGAAGCUGCUCUCUGCUGGUCUGGAGAAUCCAUACUGUACACUGAAGAUACUGAGGCUGCGUGAGUGUAAUCUGACAGAGGAAAGCUGUAGAGUUCUGUCCUCAGUUCUCAGCUCAAACUCCUCCAGUCUGAGAGAACUGGACCUGAGUAUCAAUAAACUGCAGGAUUCAGGAGUGAAGCUGCUCUCUGCUGGACUGGAGAAUCCACACUGUACACUGGAGAUACUGAGUCUGUGGAAGUGUAAUCUGACAGAGGAAAGCUGUAGAGCUCUGUCCUCAGUUCUCAGCUCAAACUCCUCCAGUCUGAGAGAACUGGACCUGAGUAACAAUAACUUGCAGGAUUCAGGAAUGAAGCUGCUCUCUGCUGGACUGGAGAAUCCACACUGUACACUGGAGACACUGUGGCUGUGUGAGUGUAAUCUGACAGAGGAAAGCUGUAGAGUUCUGUCCUCAGUUCUCAGCUCAAACUCCUCCAGUCUGAGAGAACUGAACCUGAGUGUCAAUAAACUGCAGGAUUCAGGAGUGAAGCUGCUCUCUGCUGGACUGGAGAAUCCACACUGUACACUGGAGAUACUGAGGCUGCGUGAGUGUAAUAUGACAGAGGAAAGCUGUAGAGUUCUGUCCUCAGUUCUCAGCUCAAACUCCUCCAGUCUGAGAGAACUGAACCUGAGUGGAAAUGAACUGCAGGAUUCAGGAGUGAAGCUGCUCUCUGCUGGACUGGAGAAUCCACACUGUACACUGGAGAUACUGUGGAUGUGUAACUGCAGUAUUACAGAUGAAGGUUGUGCUGCUCUGGCUUCAGCUCUGAGGUCAAACUCCUCAUCACACCUGAGAGAACUGGAUCUGUACGGUAAUAAUCCAGGAGAAUCAGGAGAGAAGCUGCUGUCUGAUCUACUGAAGGAUCCACACUAUAAACUGGAGACACUACACAUUGAGAUGUAUUAACUCACUGGGACUGGUGUAUGACAGGAGUCUCACCUCAAACCUCUUUUCCAGGAUAAAGCAGUUUUGGUGAAGUGUUAGAACCCGUCCCACAUUUCCAGCAGUUUGGGAGCUGAAUCAUUCAUAUUCAGAUGUAGAAGUUCCAUAACAAUAACCGUGACUGAUCACAUCCUUUUAUCCACUCAGCUACAAGUUACUUCAGGCUUUAAUAAUGUAUUUUACAAUCCAAAGACAAAUCCUUCAGCGUCUACACACAACACAGAGAUAUCAUCACAUCAUCACACUGAUUACACAAAUACACAUCCAUGUGUUGUAGUUAUUUUUACCUCCUUAUUUUUAUCUAUUUACUCAGUAUCUGUUUCUGCACAACAUGGCUUUAUUCAACUUCUGUUCCUUGUUUGCUAAUGUGUUUUUUAAAGGUAAAUUCUGGCAAAAAAAAAACAAACAAACUAGAAUUUAAUAUAUUAUUUGUCAUGGUAUGUAGUAUUAUGUUGCAUGGGAUUGUAUUGCUUACUGUCUGUGUUUUAGCAGAAUUCAAGUAAAACAAAGUAAUCAUGCUAGCAUUACGGUAGUUAAAUGUGUUGUUGCUAACUUCAUUUAUUUGACUCAGUUUAAUUUUGAAAGAUGUACAGUUACUCCCUGCUUGCCUCGUGUUUCUCUUCUUGCUGGCACAGUUCUAAAAUUUAAAUAAAAUUAAAUUUAAUUGAAAAUAUUCUGGACAUGUAUGUAACACUGUGCAACUAACUCAAAAUCCCUAUCUGUUGAGUCAGUUCUUUCACGUAAGUAAUCUGUUCGCUCUAUCGUGAAUAAAUUACUUCCAAAGGAAAGUGAUUGCUUAUUAGCAGUAACCAGCUAGCUAUCUCUCUUCCCUGAAUACGCCAUUAUCUGUUGAGCAUCGCCCCGCAUUUCCCCCUUCACCCCUAUUCUCCUCCCCCAAAUAUCCACCAUUAGCACUGUAGUUUUGUUUUUUUUUAAUUUUGCAUCCACCUCCAAGAUACAUAAUCAGGAGGCAGUUUCCCCAGUAUUCAAACCAGUAAAUCUCUCUACAGUGUCUGCUGCAUCAUCAUAAGAUGAACGAUCUGUAAGAUACAGUUAGGCAUGUUUACAACAGCUGUAUCAAUGCUUACAUUUUUAACAAGUCAAACCUUGAAGGCGGAUGGGCGACAACAAGAGAAGACCACAUCAGGUUCCACUCCUGUCAGCCAAGAAGGGCAAUCUGAGGCUACAGUGGGCACAGACUCACCCAAACUGGACAGUUAGAGAUUGGAAAGAGGCCAGUAUGUAUUCUUCCAGGUCACUGAAAAUGAAAUGGACAUAACUGAGAUUAUAUAUCAUGAAUCUACACCAAAUAUCCCAAAAUAUUUUGACAGUAAUGUAAGGCAGGCAAAUAUUUGUCUAAUACUAAUACUAUUUGUCAUUUCUAUAGGCAUGGUGGUAGAUUUGUCGACGGUGGAGUGGUUGGCUGCCUUAUGUCCCAGGGUGCCCUCAUGUCUGUGUUAGCUUCUGGCUCUCCCUUUUAGUUAUGCUGUCAUAGAUAGUCUUGCCAGAGUCCCUGCUUGCACUCUGCAUGCAAAGUACAUUGUCCUUAGCCAUUAGAGGACAAAAGCUCACCUAACAAUCUCUCCCUCUCUCUCCAUCUCUCUCUCUCCCUCACUCUCUGUCGAGCUACACAUGCUACUUCUGAGAUGCCAGUGAUCCUGUCCCCUUCUGCUCCUCCUCGCUGCUUGACCCAUCCUGAUGCCCUACUUCUAGUUGGAGUUCUCAUCAACUGAGCUCGUUCGCUGCUGCUGGGGGUGGCCCCAUAUGGACGACCUGAAGAACUGUUUGGAUUGCUGGGGAUAUGGUUUGGGGAUCUCAUAUGGGGAGCUGUACUGUAAUGGCUUGGGACUGCGAUUGAUGUAGUGGCUUUGGGGCUGCAGUUGGCACGAGCACCUUCGUACUCAGGACUCCAUCAGUGGACAGUGGAUAGAUUUUAACCAACCGGACUUCUUGCAAAAACUGUGAUGAAUUUACAAUUGCACCAUUUGUCCAUAUAGUACACAAUAAUAGAAGGGAUUUAUUUAUAAUUGCACUAUCUGUUGCACCUAGAUAAGGAUGGGUUCCCUUUUGAGUCUGGUUCCUCUCAAGGUUUCUUCCUCAUAUUGUCUCAGGGAGUUUUUCCUUGCCAUUAUCGCCUCUGGCUUGCUCAUUAGGGAUAAAUUCACAUAUUUACAAUAUAUAUUUUUACAAUAAUCCAUUUAUUUCUGUAAAGCUGCUUUGUGACAAUGUCCACUGUUAAAAGCGCUAUACAAAUAUAAUUGAAUUGAAUUGAAUUGAAUAGAUUGUAUUCAAUCUUAAUUAUUUGUUUUUACAACUUGAGAUAACUUUAAAUAACUUCAUUAUACUCUGAGAGGUGAAAAAGAGUAUUUGUAAUGAACAUUGUUUCAUCGAGAUUUAAAACUAUUUCAAAAGGCUGAAAGAUAUAAAUAACACACUGAUCUGUGGCCAUGUAGUUAUAGAAGUCAUGUAGCAAAUCCUGAUGUUUUUUUUUUUUUUUGGUCAUUUUUUCCACCUCCUCCCUUCAUUUAAUAUUUCACUGCUGCACUAUUUAUGAUUAAUCUGACAUUUACAUACACAAGGCCUUUAUGUUAUAAAGUCUGAUACUGCACUGCUGUGUAAUUAUAGAGAUAUUUAGAAAUUUCUUACAGUCAUUAUUUGGGUAAAAUGUUCCUUAAUUCUGUAAAAAGUUUAGUUUAACCAUAAUUACUGAAUAAUUCAAAUUAGUUACUGAAUGAUAUGUUUUAAAAUGAAUAACUUAAUAACAAUCCAUGGAUUUUAAAGGUUCAUGAAUAAGUGAUGUUAUAGUAUGUGUGUGUAAAUCUGUGUUA